CCUCCACACGUGACCCAAAGCAUCCUUCCUGUGAGAAGCCGUAUCACAGGUCGACAUGGUGAGUGUUAUAGCGAUGUAUAGAGCUCUGCUGCGCAUGGUGAUGAAGAUGGUAGGGAUGAGACCCCAAAAGGUGGAAAUCCACCAAGGAACGGUCAUCAACUUCUGGGUUCCUUCCAAACCCCAGAACAAAAAGCUCGCCGUCGUUUUCCUUCACGGCUUCGCUGCCGACGGAAUCCUGACGUGGCAAUUCCAGGUUCUGGCACUGGCAAGAAAAUACGCCCUGUACGUGCCAGAUCUAGUGUUCUUCGGAGAGUCCACGACGGAGAGACCGGAUCGGUCGGUGGAGUUUCAGGCGGAGUGCGUGGCGGAGGGGUUGAAGAGGCUGGGAGUAGAGAAGUGCUGUGUGGCAGGAUUCAGUUAUGGAGGGUUCGUGGGGUUCAAGAUGGCUGAGAUGUACAGUGACACGGUGGAGUCGCUGGUGGUGAGUGGGUCGGUCCCCGAGCUGAUGGAAUCGUUCAGCGGUCCGGCGCUUGAGAGGCUCGGAGGUUUCUCAAGCUGGUCACAGCUUCUGCUUCCCAGUAGAGCAUAUGGAGUUAGAUUGCUGUUGGAUGUUGGCUUUUACAAACGCAUUCCAUGCCCUAGAUUCUUGCUUCGAGACUUCUUAAAGGAAACUGUUUGUGUCAACCGAAAGAGGAAAGAGGAACUUUUGGUGGCACUUGUGAAGAAUAUAGAUUCAGCAAUCCCCAAGUAUCCACAGAGAAUACAUCUGAUAUGGGGAGCAAAGGACAAGAUCUUCGGCUUGGAAGUUGCCAAUAACUUGAAAACGGAGAUAGGGGAGAAAGCGGAGGUGCACGUGAUAGAGGAGGCGGGUCACCUAGUAAUGUUGGAGCGUCCUUUUGUUUUCAGCUCACUCCUCUCCCACGUUGUUGCUUCUUCCCAUCUUCAAUGUUCUUAGACCACACCACAUUAUCCAUGUUUGGUUCCUUUGCAUCAGUCCAACAUUAUAUUACUAAUGUUUGUGUAAUGCCUCCUAAUAUUCUGAAGAAGCUGUGCGUGAGUAUUAUUACAAGUUUGCUCUUGUUUGUGUGUCCA